CGAUUCAUCCACCAAGUUAUACUUCAUAAAUAAAUAAUAAUUUCAAAAACGUGUACAAAAUUUUUCGAAUUAUUUCCAAAUUGAGAAUUCCUCACUCAACAUUCUUUCGCUCUUUCUACACAUCUAUCCAACCUAAAAGAGGGUUCUUUUGUUCUGUGUAACAUUCUUUGUGUCGGGUUGUUCGGGGUCGUACACAAGAAAUGGUACAGAUUUCAACUGAAUGUCAAGGGUCAACCUUCACUAGUUUCGGAUAAGGUGACCCAUUCCAUUGACCUCGUCAAGGUCACGCGUCGUGGGUGAGACAGGGGUCAAAAUCGGGUCACAUUCUUGCAGCACGCCCCACGCUAGGAUGCAUCGUAACCCCAACGCCGGCCUAAAAGCAGCAGCACGUACCGCUUGCCCACCAUAGAUUUUUGACGUUCCUUUCCUCCACGCAGUGCAAAUGCAGUUUAUUCCUGGCCAAGCAGCUAGCAGGCAACAUUGACGACGAGUCACAAUGAAUUUUAAAAUGAGACGGUGACAUAAUCUGUUGUGAUCAGUGAAACGCCCAAGGCGAGUCUCACCACCGACUUUUUUCCCAAAAAUGUGCAAAUUUCCGGUGAAGAAAAUGUAGCAGAGGUAUUUUAACAACGUCUCGUCAUCUCAUCGUCACAAGGGAAGAGUUUCGUAAUAGAAAUUUGUGUUUUUCACUGGUUGGAAAUUAUUUUAUUACGAUGAGUUUCGCACAACGGGUUGAGAAAAAGGGGACAAAGUGAAUAAAAGUAUUAAAAGAGUGAAAUUAUUUCAAGUAUUUAGGCCCAGGAUGAAGGUUUCUUGUUGAAAUUGGGUGUAAAAGGUGUUUGGUGGCCGGUUUGAGGAGAGUAUUACUGUUUUUUUGGUAUUUUAAGAGGUGUGGGUGGAGUGCAAUAUAAUAAUCAUCAACCGGGGGACAAGAUGGAUAGGAAGAUAAAGUUGAAAACGUUAAACCCUUACAUAACCUGUCAAAUUUGUAGGGGUUAUCUUAUCGACGCUACGACGGUGACGGAGUGUCUUCAUACUUUUUGCAAAACCUGCCUGGUUAAACAUUUAGAGGAGAAUAAUACGUGUCCGGAAUGUGAAAUAGUCAUACACCAAUCGCAUCCCUUACAAUAUAUAAGUUUUGAUAGGACGAUGCAAGACAUUGUGUACAAAUUGGUUCCAAAUCUGCAAGAGAGCGAAGUGAAGAGAGAACGCGACUUUUAUAGAUCUCGAGGUCAAGCAUGUCCGAAGGACGUGGGGCCGAAUAAUAUAAGCGUAAUAGAGGCCGAUGCGACCGUGCCAGUUAAGGAAGAGGCUAAACCGACAGAGUCUGACUGUCAUAGAUUAGAUGAACAGGUCAACGUUUGUCUGGAAACGUGUGGCGGAUCUAUGAAAGCUUUAAAACGUCGAUUCAUACGAUGCUCUGCUCUAGCAACGAUAACUAAUUUGAAGAAAUACAUAGCCAAGAAAACUUUAAAUUCCAUUGAUAAAUAUAAAGAUAUCGAGGUUCUGUGCAAUGACGAACUCUUAGGAAAGGAUCACACCCUCAAAUUUGUGUACGUUACACGUUGGCGAUUUCGCGACCCACCCCUCAAGCUACAAUACCAAACAAAGUUGGACUGCUGAUUUCUUCUUCAUCAUGAACUUUUAACCUUUUAACAUUGUCUACCUACCAUUGUUGCGUAUAAUAUGUAAUAUUAUUAAAUACGUGAGAACGAUUCGUGUCUGGAACAGUGAAGAGGCUUGAAAAUGCACAGAUCGAUCUAAAUAUCACCAACCAAUAACCUCACAAUCCGUCUAUCUGCUGCAGCUCGGUGUUUGGCGAAAAUUAAAAAAAAAACGCUAAACUCACCCGGCCGGAAGAUAAAUGGAGCAAUGAACGAAUUCCGAAAUGGUUAAAACCAGAUAUUAUAACUAACAGUAUAUAAACGGAGGAGGAGGAGGAUGAAUGAAUUUCUGCCUGUUUUGUGUUUUGUCCUUGUUGCAAUACAAAAUAGUUUUAUUCUUUUUUAAAGUUUGUACGCAUCUUCAAUAAAAUAAUGAUUAGUAAGAUAAGUAGAUAA